AUGGAAAAUAACUUACUUCCGGAUGAAAACUCCAACAACGAAUUAUUGCCAACUAAACUUUACAAAAGAAGAUGGUAUAUUUUGAUGGUUUUCGUGUACUACGCUUUUGUGAACGGUAUUCAAAUGACUGAAUAUUCAAGCAUAACCGAUGUAGUUUCCAAGUAUUACAAAGUUAGCCAUUUUAUGGUAAAUUGGACGUCGUUACUCUAUAUGAUUCUUUAUCCUGUUUUGAUGAUUCCAGCAUCCUACAUUAUUGAGAAAAAGGGUUUACGUGUGGCGUCACUAUUCGGAUGUUUCGGCACCACAAUAGGAACUUUGAUAAAAUUGUUUUCCAUCGGCCCAAAUCGGUUUUGGGUAGUUAUGCUUGGUCAGUUUUGCACUGCCUCAUCUUUAGUUUUUAUUAUGUGCCUGCCACCGAAAAUAGCUGCGGUUUGGUUCAAACCAAGUGAGAUCUCGAUGGCUUGUUCUCUGGGUACACUAGGUCCAAGUUUGGGAAAUGCAUUUGGAUAUUUGCUUACAGUAUCAAUAGUGAAUGCUAGCGAUGAUAUUGGUCAAAAUUUGAGUAUUCUUUGCUGGGUGCUGGCUAUUUUGAUUAUUCCAGUUAGCGUAACUGUGUUUUGCUAUUUUCCUGAAAAACCUCCACUACCGCCAAGCAUUUCACAAAGCAAAUAUCGAAGGGAUGCGCAUAAACAAAAAAAAAUAUCAUUAUUCAAAAGCUCGAAUUUUCCUUUAGGGUUUUUUAUUCAUUUGCUGGCCUAUGCUACCAAUAUAGGAGUUUUUUCAACUGUUAUAAUUCUUUUGAGCGAAUUCGUUAAUGCAUACUUUCAGAAUGCAGUAGAAGAUGCAGGCAAAAUGGGAUUUUGCAUGAUGGCAUUCGGACUUUUUGGCUCCGUUGCAUUUGGAUUCUAUUUAGAUAAAACUCAUAAAUACAAGGAGUCCUGCAUCUUUAUAUACCUUGUGGCAACAGUGAGCAUAAUGCUACUAACAGUGGCACUGGAAAAACGUUCAUUGAUAUGUGCCUAUAUCAUAUGCAGCAUAUUUGGAGUUUGUAUCAAUCCAUAUAUACCAGUGGGUUUUGAAUUUGGUAUUGAACUAACCUAUCCAAGUGACGAAAGUACUGUAGCUGGACUACUAUUUGCUGCAUCACAGUUUAUGAGUGUUAUCAUGGCAGUUAGUGUGGCCCAUAUUAAUGUUUACUAUGGAUCGUUUUAUGCCUUAACAACUUUAUCUGUGGUACUUACUGUCGGUACUUUAAUUCAGACAUGUGUCCCUAACGAUUUAAGACGACAAAGGAUUUUUAAAAUGGAAAGACAUCAAGUUCUUUUUAGAAAAUAA